AUGAUAGGCACCUUGUUAGGACUUUUUGGAGAGGCCUCCACCCUCCAUCUAGCGCUCGAGACCGCCCUGAUCGGCGCCGUCGUCUAUCUGUACUUUACGCGCAAGGAGAACAAGGACACCCGGGUCAAGCUUACCGAGAAGCAAAAAGAUGAGCUGAUCGCAGAAUGGGUACCCGAGCCCCUGGUCCCCGAGACGCCGCAGGAUCAUCCGGUGCUGAACCCGCGUUAUGUUGAGGGAAAAAUGACAAAAUACGCGAAAUACGACGGCAAGGAGUACCUCAACAUGGCCACCAGCAAUUUCCUCGGAUUUGUGGGCGAGAAGAGGAUCGAGGACGUCGCCAAAAAGACGAUCUUCAAGUACGGUGUCGGCUCGUGCGGCCCGCGCGGUUUCUACGGUACCGUCGAUGUGCAUUUGGACUUGGAAAAGGAGCUGGCCGAUUUCUUUGGCUGUGAGGAGGCCGUUUUGUACAGCUACGGCUUCGCCACGAUCGCCUCGGCCAUCCCCGCCUAUGCCAAGCGCGGAGAUAUCGUUUUUGCCGACAAGGGCGUAAACUUUGCCAUCCAAAAAGGCCUCCAAGCCUCCCGGGCUCGCGUCGAAUGGUUCGAGCACAAUGAUAUGGAAGAUUUGGAGCGUUUGCUGAAGCUGCAGGAGGAACGCGACAAGAAGGACCCGAAGAAGGCGGCCAAGAUUCGCCGUUUCAUGGUCGUCGAGGGGUUGUACGCGAACACGGGCAGCAUCUGCCCCCUGCCCAAGUUGAUGGAGUUCAAGUGGAAGUAUAAGGUGCGCAUCUUCAUCGACGAGAGCUUCAGCUUCGGCGUGCUCGGCAAAACGGGACGUGGUGGGUUUGCACUUUCUUUCUCUCCUGCUCCUUCUUCCUUUUUCGAAAAUAACGGCCAAUUUAUUAACGAUCAAAUCGGGGACCCGUUUCACGAAUUAAUAUGCAUCAUCGAUAAGACCUCG